UUGAUUAGUUGGCGGCUGGAUUUGACACUAGUGAACAAAAACACCCGCGAAAUAUUCAUAACAUGACGAUAAUAUAACAACAGAAUACCAACAUUUGCAGUGAAGUAUUAUCAUUGAUUCACCAAGAAAUUAUAAAGUACAGUAGGUUCUUCAAACCAUGGGGAAACUUUCAAGGUCUGCAGUCAAAAAUAACAAAUCUGGUCAAUUGUCCCUGGAUAGGUUUUUCGCAAAGCCAACACAAAAGUUUUGUGACUUGGAAAUUAAGCCCAAAGUAGAUGAAAAUGUAGCAGUGAAGAAUGCAGAUAUAUCAAAAGUAGAGGAUAGAGAUUUUAAAUGUAUGAAACUGGGGGAUCAAUCAAAAAUGGUUUCAGGCAUGAAAAAGCAUCAAGAGACAAACAACCCAGAGAAGAGUUUAGCGAACGGUAUGAUGAUAAAUAUUCCAAAAUGUGGAGAUGAUAUACCACCAAUUCCUGGAGAGAAUCCACAAGAUGUAGUGGAUUCAAAAAGCAUCAUAGAUGGCCAACAAAAUUCAGAAAUUAUGGUUAUUCCAAGUACGCCAGAUACAGGUGAUAUGGUGGAUGAAUUGACACCAAAGACCAGUCAAGGAAGCUCUCUUUACCCAACACACAUUGUGCCAGAGACGCCAACAAGCCAAAUGAAGUCUUCAAGAUUUGCCUCGAGAAGGCACCAAGCUAGACAAGAAAAAGACAAGAAAACUGAAGUGAAAGAGGAAAUGUUCCAUCUGAAUUCUGAACUUGAAAAGGAAAACAAAUUAAAGAUAAUUAUUCAAGAGAAGCCUGAUGAAGUGAAGUCCUUAAUAAGCAAAGAAACGAACAGGAACUCUACCAAUGAAAGAGGUAUGAAACUUUCACGUGGUUAUAAAAAGGCAUUAAGAACAAAAACAAUGACAGUAUCACCAAAAAUGACUGACGAUAAUGAAACAGUUUUGCUUCAACCAGUUCAUGAUAUUUUGAAUAAGAAAUCUAAAAAUAAACGAUUAUUUUCAAACGUUGGCCUUGAUAAGCAUCAGGAUGCAAUUGAUAGCAGGAAUGAUCAAGGAAGCGUAGCAUUGAAUUCAAAUCUUAGUGAUGAUGACUUCCUUAAUGCUGGACUUGAAGAAGUUUUUCAAAAGUGCUCUAAAAUGCAAGACCGUCACUCUAGUCGGGUGAGCAAUAAGAUACCAAAGAUUCCAAAGAGAAAGAGUUUUCAAAAGACAGCUGAUGUACAGGAAAAGAAAUUUGACACUUCAUUCAAACCUUUUAAACCGUACUUAAAGAGAUCUUCAACCAGAGGAAUCUCACCAAAUGAAAAAAGAAAACCGUCCAGUAACCAUAGAAAUCCAUUUGCCAAGGAAAAUCUUAUUAAUGAUCUGUCAGGAACUUGUGUCAAAUCUUUAUUUCCUGAUAUCAAGAGGUCAGAAAAUGGCACCUUUUGCAUCUGUCCAGAACACAAUGUAAUGAAUGAUGACAGUUCAGAAAUUGUAGAGGGCAGCAAUACAGGUGACUUCAAUAACCUAGGUGCUGCUGAAGACAGUAAUGCAGAUGGUGAUGCAGUUGAUACAGGUGUUUCAAAAGGCAGCAAUGCAGACAACUUUGAUGAACUAGAUAUUGUAAAAGACAGUAAUGGUGAAUAUGUUGAUGUAGGUGAUGUAGGUAUAGUUGAGGGCAGCAAUACAGAUGACUUAGAUGAAUCUGAUGACUUUUAUUGUGCAUAUUUUGUAAAGGACAGAACUAAUGGUGAUUUUGUUGAUCCAAGUGUUGAUGUCGCCACUAGUCUGUUAUCUGAACUUCGUAAACAUGAUAUGAGAACACCAAUUAAGAUGAACACAACCCAAGAUAUGUUAAGUCCAGCUACAAAGGCAUUCUUGGAAAGUAUGGAUAACAGCUGGUUAGACGAAGAGGAAGAAGAAUCAGCAAUGUGCACUGAUCUAAGCAAGAGUUUUAGCGCCCUCUCUCCUUUCAAAAGUCAGCCAACUCAGGCCAAUCGGCAGCCAGAAUUCCCUGACCUCAACCGAUAUGUCAUCAUGCAUGUUGAUGAGGAAAACUUUGAAAAGGUUGUGCAUGUCAGGUCUGUAUUAGAUAAUACAUUGAAAGAGUGUAGACUGACAGGAAUGUGGAAUCAAACGCCGCUACAUGAGGGCAUGUUGGUUGCUAUCCAUGGAACGUUUGACGCGUCCAAUCACAUCGUCAUUAAUCAAAAUGAUAACUUCAUUGUAGUUAAACCUGACAUGCUGCUAACAGGCACUGCAAUAUCCGGUAGCAUACGGUGUAAGAGAAGGUCUGUUUUACGUGAGAGGUUUAAGGGAGCAGAUUCUUCCAAUAAGGCUAUGUUAUGUGGAACAAUUCUUCAUGAAGUAUUUGAAAAGGCUAUAAGCAAGAGAACAUUCACUAGAGAAUUACUGGAGGCUACAGCAAUGGAGGUUUUGAUUACACCGGCUAUAAUGAACGAUAUGUUUAAAAUAGGUCUCGGUGACCAGGAUGUACUUGACGUGGUGGAGGAAUACAUCGGCCCAAUCACAGCUUGGGCUAACAAAUACUACUGCUCCAUUCCAAAGAAGUCCUCAUCUGUUGAUGUCAAAUUCCCUAAUGAGAUGAAGGCAUCCAAAAGCUCCAUCUGUGUUUCUGACCUGAAAGAUAUUGAAGAAAAUGUCUGCUCACCUCGCUGGGGCAUCAAGGGAAAAGUUGACUUGACAGUUGAAGUAAAGAUUCACCGUGAGAAAUCUCAACCAAGACAACAAACACUUACACUCCCUCUUGAGUUGAAGACGGGAAGGGAAACAAAUUCCAUUGAGCACAGGACUCAAUUAUUGCUAUACAGCUUUCUUUUGAGUGAAUUGGGUUCAAGUAGUGAACUUGGAUUUCUUCUGUACCUCAAAACUGGUUCCAUGAUUUCAGUUCCGGCAGCGCACAUGGAUAAGCGAGAAUUGAUUAAUCUUCGGAACCAGUUAGCUUACUACAUCUCACAAGCACCAAGCAAAGGUGACAAUGAGGAAGACUGGCAGUUACCUGGUCUACCAGAACCAAUCCAAGAAACCUUCACCUGCACCAGGUGCUCUGAGCUCCAUCACUGUGCUCUUCUACACAGACUGGAGCAAAAUCCAAUAACUUUAAAUGAAAACAUUGCCAGUCACUACCAAGCGCAACUUGAACAUUUAAAAGACUACGAACUACAGUACUUUAGAGAUUGGUUUCUCAUGUGUAUGCUAGAACAUACUGCAGCAGAGGAAAGAAAAAUUAAUAGUGAGAUGUGGAUGGUAGAUGCUUGGACACGAGAGAAGCGAGAUCAAUGUUACAGUGGAAUGCUACUGACCAAUUGCAGGCCUGGUGACCGUUCUGGUCAAUAUUUGCUGACUUUUAAAAGAAAACCACUUCACCACAGCAAUAUACCCCUAUCUAGUGUGCAAAUGGCUGUGGGUCAGAGGUUAGCGGUAACUAAGGAGAAGACAAAAGAAGUAGCAAUAUGUGUUGGAUUCAUGGUAGAGGUUACCUGUGAUAAAGUUGUCAUAGCAAGUGACAGAGCAAUGAAGAUGAGCGACACAAGUGCUGUAUAUCGCCUUGACAAGGAUGAUAGUUACAACAGUAUGGCAUCUAGUUUGGUUAAUCUUGCAAACUUUAUGAGGAAUGAUGCAUUUAGUUUUCAUUUACGUCAGCUUGUAUUGAACAGGGAGCAGCCAAUCUUUAAAGAAAAUACAAUCAGUCUGCCAGUCACUGCUCAAAAACAAGUAAAUAAAAUCAUAGACGCUUUAAACCAAGACCAAAGGUGUGUGAUUGACAAGGUGUUGAGGAGUGAAGACUACACUCUUGUUGUUGGUAUGCCCGGUACAGGUAAAACCACCACCAUUGUAGCAUUAGUAAGAAUAUUGAUGCAUUAUGGGCUAUCAGUGUUGUUAACAAGCUAUACCCAUUCUGCAAUUGACAAUAUCCUGUUGAAACUGUGUAAGCAUGAUGUAAAGUUCAUUCGUUUGGGUCGGUCUCUCAGCAUCCACCCUGACAUAAGAUGCUUCUCGGAGGAAACUGUUGCAGUGCAGGCUAAGAAUAUUGCGAACCUCACACAUAUUUACAAUACAGUGCCUGUUGUGGCUACCACAUGCUUAGGGUCGAAACAUGCUAUUUUCUCCAAGCGAAAGUUUGAUGUGUGCAUUGUGGAUGAGGCAUCACAGAUUAGCCAGCCCGUGUGCCUUGGACCCUUGCUACAUGCUGCCUGCUUUGUAUUGGUUGGUGACCACCAUCAGCUUCCACCACUUGUUCAGAGUAAACAUGCAAAACUUCUAGGAAUGGACACAAGUUUGUUCAAACAUUUAGCUACAACUCAGCCCGACGCCACGGUAUCCUUAACGCUGCAAUAUAGAAUGAACUUUGACAUCAUGAAGCUGAGCAACAUACUGGUGUAUGAGGGCGCACUUCAGUGCGGAUCAGAUGAAAUUGCAAGGUCUCAGCUUGUUUUAACCAAGUGGGAUGAAUACAGAAAUGUGCAUCUUAGAAGUUCCCAACCAAAAUGGCUGCUAAAGUUGGUUGACCCAAAAUCUACUGUCCAGUUCUUGAACAUGGAUGAUGUUAUGAAGGAGGGUCAAAGUUCAGGUAGCACCAAUCAAAAUGAAGCAAAUGUCAUAAUCAAACUGGUAGAUGCCCUACACAAGUGUGGUUGCAAGGGCUCAGGGAUAGGUGUUGUGUCCCCAUACAGGAACCAAUGUUUAUUAAUAAAGUCUAUGCUAGCUGGCCUAGCAAUAGACACUUCAAAAUUGGAGGUAAACACUAUAGACAAGUAUCAAGGAAGAGAUAAGGAAGUGAUAAUUGUGUCCUUUGUAAAGGUUUCUACACAGCGAUCCAUUAUGCAACCUUCUCAUCCACCUCAAGCAACACGGACUACUGACUACAUGUUCAGAGUCAUGAUGGGAAAUAUUCUCUGCUCUAAUGAGUGAUUGGAUUAUGUCAAGAUAAGGCCAAAAAGUUUGUUGCCCGACCAAAUUUUUUACAUCUAUUAGUUUUUUUUAAAUUUCUUUUUUGACAUGUCUUCCCAAAACCCAAAACAUUUGUAUAAUGUUUAAAAAGGGUACUUUCAUGUUUAAUUAAUAACUUUGAUACAAUAAUUAUGGAUUUUAGGACCAUUGUUGUCAUUUACCAACCAAAAUACCUAAGUUAAAAUUAUCCAUGAAUCCUUAUGUAUGUUUUUAUACUCUAAGAUAUAUUUUUAUAUUGAAAUGUGUUUUGAAGACUUUAAUAUUCAAGAAUUUAAAUACAUAUAACAUUAUAUUCUCAUUUACUAAAUCAUAAAUGUUCUUACAUUCCAACAAGUGGCACAUUCAAGAGUCUUGAAAUGGGAGGGGGAUGUGGGGCCCCUCGAUGAUUGAGGGAGUGCUAGAUCAUAAAAUAAGGCGAUUUUUAAAUUUUUUUGUUUCAAACAUUUCCAGUGUGGCAGUGGCAUAUCUAGGAGCCUUGAAAUGGGGGGAUGGGGGGUGCACUGAUGGGUGAGCACAAAAGUCACGUGGGGGUUCCAUGAUUAGGUGAGGGGUAACUUGCAAAAUAAGGUAAUUUUAGGUGAUUGUCAACUACUUGAGCUACUUGGGAUGAUUAGGACGUUUGAAAUACUUUGUGUUACCAAGUAUAUAGGUAUGUAGAGAAUAUUUACUGUACUUUAAUGUGCAACUUAUUUAUGUCGUGUUAGUAACGAGAAACAUCAUUAAAAUGUUAAAUAAUCAAUAAAUUUCCUGGCAACCAUGUCAAUACUGCAA